AACGAUGGCCUCGGAGGAGCAGGUCUGGCCAGUCCCCAUGAAGGCAAUUGGAGCCCAAAAUCUCCUGACGAUGCCUGGAGGAGUGACCAAAGCAGGGUACCUGCACAAGAAAGGAGGCACCCAGCUGCAGAUCUUGAAGUGGCCUCUGAGAUUUGUGAUUAUUCAUGAGGGGUGUAUUUACUACUUUAAGAGCAGCACAUCUGCAUCUCCACAGGGUGCAUUUUCCUUAAAUGGUUAUAACAGGGUUAUGCGCGCCGCUGAAGAGACGACGUCAAGCAAUGUGUUUCCUUUCAAGUUGGUUCACAUUAGCAAGAAGCACCGGACGUGGUUUUUUUCUGCUUCUUCUGAAGAUGAAAGAAAGAACUGGAUGCUGUCCCUGAGGAGGGAAAUAGAUCACUACCAUGAGAAGAAAGAAACCGUCACAGAGUUCAGUGAUUCUGGUUCUGAUGCAGACAGUUUCUAUGGCUCGGUAGAACGUCCCAUUGAUAUCAAGUAUUCUCACCACUCAGCGGAUAAUGAAGAUUAUGACCAGGAGGAAGAGGAUGAAUCUUACUUGCAACCAGAUACUCCUGACCUAGAUAUCCUGGUCCUGCCGCCGGCCUACCCCCCUCCGCCCGUUCCGCACGUGAGGAAAGCCGCCUUCGCAGAAUCCAGGGCCCUCUCCUUCCUCGGCAAACCGGCCGGGCCUUUGCCCCCGCCGCCUCCUAAAAGAAGCCUCCCUGAUAUCAAAGCAGAGGAUCUCUUAAAUGUGAGAGAACACCAGAUCCACUGCCGCGCUGACGCCAACCUGAAGAGCCAGCAACCAAACUGGAGAGUGAGCGACCAGCCGCCUCCCGUGCCCCCUCUGCCGCUCUUCAAGAAGCCUGUCUGCAACAAGGAGCUGUGCUCGGUGCCCUCAGAGCCUCUCCCCCAAGUUCUCACUACCCCGGAAGGAUGCGAGAAGCUGAAGAACUUAAACCUUUCGCCUCGAACGCCUCCUCUGCUCCCAGGCAGCAAACCCAAGCUGCCCCAGGUCCCCGAGAAGCCGGCAGACACCAGAGUGCCAAAAGAACACGGCAAACCCGGGCUGUUCGUCCCACCAGUGCUUCCCAAGCCCCCCGUGCCGGGCCACCAGCCCCCUGGGCCAGGAUUCAAGCCUAGACCGGAGAAGUCUUUGUGUCCCCAGCUACAGAGAUCGCCACCAGAUGGGCAGAGUUUCAGAAGCUUCUCAUUUGAAAAACCAGCACUACCUGCCAAGCCAAACAAACCUGCUGAUGAUUCGGAUGAAGAGUAUGAAAAAGUUGAGCUGCCGAAUUCAGUAUUUUUUAAUACUUCUGAAUCCUUUGAAGUUGAAAGGGCAUUUAAAGCUCAUAGCCCAAGAGGACAACCACAAAAUGGAUUAUACUGUAUUAGGAACUCAUCUACAAAGCCUGGAAAGGUUUUGGUUGUGUGGGAUGAAUCCGCAGAAAAAGUGCGAAACUACAGAAUCUUUGAAAAGGAUUGCAAGUUCUACCUGGAUGCAGAGAUCAUGUUUUUGAACAUGGGGAGUUUGGUUGAAUACUACAGCACUCAUGUCUUGCCUAGUCACGAGUGCCUAAUUCUCCGGUGUCCUUACGGGUACUCGAAGCCGAGAUGACGU